CCUACGGUCCCAUUAGGUGGUACAAUCCAACAGACCCGGAAUUGCUCUCUUGCAUGGUGACGUUACACUCGGAGACAUGGCGCAGCCCGUAUUCACCUCUUUUCUGCUCAUUGCCCUGGCAGUCAGUGCGAAGGCUCUGACUCCUACUCACCAUUUGUCCAGCACUGACGUUACCAGACUCCAGGCUACUUUGGAUCAGCCUUUUGAAGACUUGCAGUCUGCAUUUUACACCAUUGUGGGGUUGAAUAAACUUGGGACCCGAGUGUCAGAUGAAAAGAGCGCUUGCCAGUUCCUCAGGUCUAACCUUGAUUCCUCAAGCAUUGAUUCUCUCUUCUACGCUUCAGAGGCUAGUCAGGCGCUGUCAGACUGUGAGGUGCCUGUAUCAAAUGAAACUCGUGACUUACUUUUGGCAACUAUAAGUGAAGAUUCAUCAGUAUCUCAGAUCUACCAUGCUGUUUCUGCCCUCACUUCUCUUGGACUACCUCUUUCGUCCCAAGAGGUAGUGAGCGCUUUAACAGCUCGUAUCACCAAAGAAGACAAUGUUCUUGCUAUUACCUUGGCUUUGCACACAGCUUCUCGGCUUUCACAGCAGGCAGACCUCCGUGGGAUUCUGGAAGAGAUUGAGGACUUAGCUGCCCGUUUGGAUGAUCUGGGUGGAGUUUACUUACAAUUUGAAGAAGGGCUGGAGGCGACUGCUCUCUUUGUCACAGCAGCAUAUGAGUUGUCUGACCAUGUGGGAAUGGAACCACCCCUUAAAGAGGAUCAAGUUGUCCAAUUAGUGAACUCUCUCUUCAGUAAGAAGACUUGGGGCUCACUGGCAGAAGCCUACAGUGUAGCGUGUGCAGCAGCUGUGCUCUCAAACAACCGUUAUCACAUUCCAGUCAUUGUUAGGACUCAAGGCCCAGCCACAGUUUCACACAGAGAUCCAACUUUAGAGCUCCAAGUGACAAAUGUGCUGUCUCAGCCUUUGACUUCAGCUAGUGUGCUUCUUGAAUCCGCUCGCUCUGUCUCUUCCAAGAGUGUUGUCCUAAAACAAGCAUCCUUCUCACUUAAGGGAGAGACGUUUGAGCUGAAUUUUAUGGACAGCCAGGCAGCAAGUGGCUACUAUGAUUUCUCUGUGACAGUAAGAGGAGAUGAUCGCUUUGUUGGAAACCAAGUUGAGCUCAAAGUGAAAGUGUCCACAGAAGUUGGAAUUGCCAAUGUAGAUCUGUCUGUAGUAGACAAAGACCAAAGUAUUGCACCUAAAACUACCAGAGUGGAAUAUCCUACAAAAGGAAAGGGAACCUUUACUGUUGACAGCCAUCAAAAUUUUGCUCUGUCUUUCCAGUUAGUAGAUGUGAAUACUGGAGUGGAGUUGAUCCCACAUCAGACCUUUCUCCGAUUGCAUAAUCAAAAAACUGGCCAAGAGGUUGUGUUUGUAGCAGAACCCGACAGCAAAAAUGUGUACAAGUUUGAAUUGGAUGCAUCUGAAAGGAAAUCUGAAUUUGAUUCAGUGUCUGGCACUUACGCACUGUACCUGAUCGUUGGAGAUGCGACAUUGGAAAACCCCAUCCUCUGGAAUGUGGCUGAUGUUGUUUUGAAGUUCAUGGAUGAAGAAGGUCCUGCUAUUGUUCAAUCAAAGAACAUUUAUGUUCCUAAGCCUGAAAUCCAGCAUCUCUUUAGAGAACCUGAAAAGAAACCACCUACAGUGGUGUCUAAUACCUUUACAGCACUUGUGUUGGCACCACUCCUUCUGCUUCUUAUUCUGUGGCUUAAACUUGGUGCCAACAUUUCCAACUUCAGUUUUGCCCCCAGUACUCUAUUGUUUCACCUUGGACAUGCUGCUUUGCUGGGUCUUAUGUAUGUGUACUGGACACAGCUCAACAUGUUUCAGACUUUGAAGUACCUCGCUGUCCUGGGUAGUCUCACCUACUUAGCAGGCAACCGAAUGUUAGCUCAGAAGGCAGUGAAAAGGAUUGCAGCCGAGCAAAGUAGUAGGCUGGCAAAGUAUAGAAGCCUGCGGUAGAGAGUGGUUUUCUAAAUAAAUAAAAAGCUUGAUGUUCCUGGCUAAAGACUGGACGGCAGUAAAGACUACUAAAUUACAAAACAGAAGACUUUUUUUAAACUGAAAAAGUGUACAUUUUCUAAUUUGAACAAAAUUUGGACUUUUUUUGUACAGAUUAAAUUUCAGCAGUUUCACGUCCUCGACUUGCUGCAGGAAGAUUUUCUCUUGUACAGUACAUAUGACCGCCAGCAUUUUGUUGACCAUAUUGAGUGGCAAGUUAACUGUUUAGGCAAAACAAUACAGGGUGGUUUAUUUUAUGUACAUGUAACAAAAGAAUGAUGAGUUAAUGAUUUUUUUUUGUGUGUGUUCGUGGGUUCCCAACUGAUAAGUAAUAAAUACUGGCUUUAGUGAAAGGUCUUCAUUGUGAAUUCAUGUAAUGACCCUUCACUUGGAAUAGUUCAACUGUACGCUCAGUAUAAUUUUUAAUUAGAGGCUGCCGCCUGACACAGUCUAACUGUUUUGGCCAGUUUCUUGGAGCAAAAAAAAAAUAUGAAGCGUCAAAUAUGAGGAUCAAAUUUUCAUGUAUGAGUGGCCUUUGAUAAACUUACAGGAGUUACCCAUGUUGAAUAACAAGAGACAUUGAAUCCUCCAGCUGUCAAAUUUGUUGUUUGUAAAAUGGCAUUGAUGAGCACAACAAAAGUAUUGAGCUUGUUUGGAGUUGUGUUUCAAAGAAUUUGGGAAUAAAAGAUUGGGAAAAGGUAA